GUGACCAUCAGUUUCAACUCACACCUUUUGAAUUGCAAGCACAUAGUUCAACAAGACAAGAUGAAAGUGGUUCUUAUCGCUCUACUGAUUGCCCUGGUAACAGUGGCCGUGGCCGAACCACACCGUCGUCAUCGUCAUCCGUGGCAUCCACCGCCACCACCACCAUCGAAUGGAAGCGCGGUUGGCCCACCCCACCGCUGGUGGCAACCACCCCCACCAAUAAACAUCACCGAAAUAAUCCAGAACAUAGUCAGCCAAAUUGCUCAGGCUAUCGCCGGACAGAACAACUCGGGAGGAAGUUCCAAUUCGAGUUCGUCCUCCAAUUCGAGUGCGUCCUCCAAUUCUACAUCCUCGGGCUCUAGCAACUCUUCCGAUUCGAGCGCCGCCAAUUCCACAUCCUCCAACUCUGGCAAUUCGACCGAUGGAAACUGAUUGUAUACUGAUUAGAGGCUCUGAAUUCAAUAUGUCAAAAAUGUCCAUAAAUAUAUUCUGAAAAGCA